AUGCCUCCGCGACCCACCACCAGACCUCCUCCGUUCACGCACUUUUUGUGCAUCCCCCUAGUGACACCGUCAUCCAGACCACAUCUUGCACGGGCCCUAGCAGCGUUCCGUGCCGACGUCACGGGGCCCUCCGUCCAGUCCGCUAUCCCCCACGAUGCCGUGAGGCCGCUCGGCACGUUGCACCUCACACUGGGUAUGAUGAGCCUCCCGGACGCCGAGGGGAUCGAGAAAGCCGUCUCUGUGCUUCGCAGCCUGAAACCGCGCGAGAUCCUCGCGGGCAUCAGGCCCCUGUCGGAGACCACUCCGCUUGCGGCGGCAUCAACGACGGCCAAGGUGGCUGCCGAGACGGGAGGUGCCGGGGCGGUGACGGUGACAGCGUCGGAGACAGUGUUGGAGACAACAUCAUCGGGCAACAACACGGACAACCCGCAGCUGACGUCGCUCUCCCUCACCUUACGCGGACUUUAUUCCAUGCAGCAGGCGCGCCAGGCGGCGGUGUUGUACGUCCCGCCCGUGGACCCGCAGGGUGUGUUGCUGGCGUUCUGCGAGGGGCUACGCGCGCCGUUCUUGGAAGCGGGCGUCAUGGUGGCCGAGGACCGGCCGUUGUUGCUACAUGCUACUGUGGUGAACACGGUCUACGUCCGGAACGGCGGGAGGCGGGGGAGAGGGAGGCGGUUGACGGUGGAUGCGCGCGAGGUGCUGGAUCGGUAUGAUGGGCAUGUCUGGAUGGAGGACGUCCCGCUGGAGAGGAUUGCGAUUUGUCGAAUGGGGGCUAAGGCCGUGGAAGGGGAGGAUGAGGCGGCGUAUGAGUUGGAAGCUGAGAUUGAAUUUUGA